UAGCUUACAUACAAACCUAUGUUGGUAUUUCAUUUUGGGCUAGUCGGUAUAUGUCAUGGUUGAUAUAACUUAAACUAACGGUCUUGUUUAUAUGUAGCUUACAUGUGUUUGGGAUUCAAUUUUUUUUUUUAAUUAUAUACACUCAAUAAGUUUAACCUUGAAAGCCUGUUUCAUUGUAUUUCAAUGUUCCUUGUUUCUCGUACAGGCAGUAUUUCGUGUACUUCAUCUGGAGAAUUAAGACGAGGUAUUACAGUAUACAAAUUGUACAAUCUCCACGCAGAGUUGUCGUUCCUUGCUCUCACAUACAACUCUGCAUAAGGCUCAGCACGCCAUUUUGUCUACCAAAUAGCUAAAACCGAACAAACGCAUACAAUGUUUAUUUGAGUGGAUAUUUAAGAUCGCAUGCAUUUAAUUUAGAAAAAUGACUUUUAAAUGUACGAUAAAUCGUGCAAAAACUUGUGAGUUUUAAUGCAACUCUUUGGAACUAUUUUAUUGCCCAUUUACACAGAUGUAAUCAUUCCACGCACUUCACAAAUGUAAACAAUUGUACAUAUUUUUUAUGACGUUAUGCAUUGCUUCGACGUAUUUAUGUAUGUUGGUUUCUUAACAUAAAAAAAAAACAUAUCAAUUUUAUAAUAAUUAAUUAAGACUGAUAUAAGAUAGCAUGGUAUGAGAUGGUUUUCUUUAAUGCAGUUAAUGCAAUGUAACCGUCGUGCAAGAGAUUGUUUAGUAUACUGUAACAUCAAUGAUAAACGCUUGGAAUGAUCAUGACAUGAAUGAGACGCUUUCAAAACAAUAGUCCGUUCUGAGCCCAACACAGAGGUGAAUGUAAUGUGACCGUCGUGCAAGAGAUUGCAAAAUGUAAACACAUAGUAUCAACAGCAAUACGACGUAACCCAAAGUAAAACUUAAAGAAUGGAUUAUUGUACACAACGGUAUUUUAUCAUCUCAUACACAUUAGAAAGAACACAUUUAAUUUGUUAUCCACUGAGAUUUAUUUAUCUUUAAAUUUAAGCACACAUCCAAUCAUCACCAGGAUAAUAUUUAUUCGUCGAUUUGACGAGGGGUGUUUUUAUUUUUCUGUAAUAACUUUAGAAAUAAGUAAGAUCCCGUUGCUAUCGUUUUCACAGGAAGUUUGAAGUGUAACGCACCUGGAGAUUUAACCCGAGGUAUUAAGUCCAUCACUAUCCACCCUCAGUUCAACAAGACUGCACAAUAUGACAGUAACAUUGCAUUGCUGGAACUCAGUGAGCCAGUUGAGUAUUCGGAUAACGUGCGUCCAGCAUGUGUUCAAGAUUACUCCAAGAUUGAAAGACUAAUGAUUGGUUCAAGUAGUCCUCCUCAAGGAAAGGCAGUUGGAUGUGGUGUACUCCGGGAGGGUAGCAGACAACAACCAGAAUUCCUUCAGCAAAUCUAUAUGCCGUACGUGCAGAGAUACGAUUGUGAAGAAGGUUUGGAAGGAACUAACUAUCGAAUAACAGAGAACACGUUUUGUGCAGGCCAGAAGAAACGGCGAGUUGGUGACGUGUGCGCUGGUGACAGUGGUGGUGGUUUCAUGAUAGAAACUCCGGACACGUUUCAGUGGGUGCUCGCCGGUAUUGUCUCAUUCGGGUUCCAGUGUGACAGUCCUGACCACUACAGCUAUUUCACCAACGUUGGCAAAUUCUAUGGUUGGAUAGACGGCAUUGCCAAGUUCACCGAUGAAAAAGUCAACAUCGACUUUCUUAAAAACUGAUUUGUGUCUUCAAAACUUCUCACACGCAGUGUGUACAUUUUGAUUGAUGACAAUGCGUAGAUUGCAAUUCUGAAGAAAACAUUAACAUUGAUUCAUUUUGCUUCAAUGAGGGGAUGGCUUGUUGCAAACCAAAAUUUAGAUUAUCUUUAUAGUAUUACAUUUGUUCCGUGUAAAUAAAACAUCUGUGCUUAAGAA